AUGUCUGGUACCAGAGAACAGGUAUUUCCCACGCGUAUGACGCUUGGGCUAAUGAAGACCAAAUUGAAGGGAGCCAACCAAGGUUACUCACUUUUAAAGCGUAAAUCGGAGGCUUUGACCAAGAGAUUUCGUGAUAUUACCAAGCGGAUUGACGAUGCCAAGCAAAAAAUGGGUCGCGUAAUGCAGACUGCUGCAUUCUCUCUAGCUGAGGUUUCAUAUGCGACCGGUGAAAACAUCGGCUAUCAGGUUCAAGAAAGCGUCUACAAUGCUAGAUUCAAGGUCAAGGCACGUCAAGAAAACGUUAGUGGUGUGUAUUUACCGCAGUUCGAAGCGUAUAUUGAUUCAAGUAUUAAUGAUUUCAAAUUGACCGGUUUAGGUCGUGGUGGCCAACAAGUUCAGCGUGCAAAAGAAAUCUAUUCCAAGGCAGUAGAGACUUUAGUAGAGUUGGCUUCAUUGCAGACUGCAUUUAUUAUAUUGGAUGAAGUUAUCAAAGUCACUAAUAGAAGAGUUAAUGCCAUCGAGCACGUAAUUAUUCCAAGGACUGAGAAUACUAUCGCUUACAUUAAUAGUGAACUGGAUGAAUUGGAUAGAGAAGAAUUUUAUAGAUUAAAGAAAGUCCAAGAGAAAAAACAAAUAGAAACUGCUCGGAUAGAUGAGGAGAUGAAACAGGCUAAAUUGGCCGAACAGAAUGGAAAUAAUGAUACCGAUCUGGGUGACGAGAAAUUGUCGAGUGAACAAAAUAGUGAGACGCAAGGAGUUGCCGCAACUCCAAAAGGUUCACCAUCGGCUGAUUUGAUACAAGAACAGGAGGACGAUGUUAUCUUUUGA